AAAACAAUAACAAUGGCAACUAGAACAAAUUACAGAGCAAGUAUUUAUAUGUAUUAUAAAGUUUAAAUAUAUUUUUUAUGGCAAAUCAUCUAACAGAUUCGGAAAAGGAUUUACCUGUCGUCGAAGAGUCCAAUGAAAUCUGGCGAAAUCUUGACUCUAUUGUUCAAAAUAUGUCUAUAGUCCACGAAAUGGCAGUAGAUCCAAACUUCAAGCUGCAGCAGGUGUCACCAGAAUCAAUUGUUGGUCAUGUAAAGAAAAUUGUACAUCAAGCAUUUUGGGAUGUUCUUCAAGAGGAAAUCAACGCAAAUCCACCAAACUAUGGACAAGCUAUAAGGCUUAUAGCUGAAAUCAAAGAAGCUCUUCUAUCUUUGACAUUUGACCAUAAUGUCAAUUUAAGGGCAACAAUAGAGUCCAUUCUUGAUGUAGAGUUGAUUCAGCAACAAAGUGAACAACAAUGUGUUGAUAUUGCUGGAUACACAAGAUUUAUUAUCGAGACAAUGACAAAAAUAUGUGUUCCAGCCAGAGACAAAGAUGUGGAAAAUUUGAGCAAUGUUGAAGGAGGCUUAGUACCAUUGUUUCGAGAAAUAUUUUGUGUGUUGGAUCUAAUGAAACUUGACAUGGCUAACUAUAAACUGUCUUUAUUGCGUCCAAGACUUAUGCAACAAGCUAUAGAAUAUGAACGACAAAAGUUUAAAGAAUUAUUACAUGUCAAUCCUAAUGGACUGCAGUUAACAAAGCUUUGGAUAAAAAGUGGGAUAGCACAUGACAGAUCUCUAUAUAGUUCUACUAAUGUAUAUAAACAGGGUCACUCGGGUGAUGGUUGUAGUAGUCAAGAGACAUUUGUUUUGUGCAAUGGUGCAAAUAAAACAUCAAGAUUGGUGGACAUAUGUAGGCAUUGUUAUGCCUUAUUGAUGCUGGAGAAAGAAAACAUUUCUUUCCCCGAGACACUACUUAUGGAUAGAGAGCGUAUAAUGAAGUUAAGGCUGACAUGUGAAUAUUUAAUCUCAUUGUCUUCAAUAAUGUCCAUAACUCUAAAUAUCAUUACUGGUACACAUUUGACUACAGAUGUUGAAUAUAUAACUGUGUCAAAAACUCUACAGCUCUCUUGUUACAAGCAAGUGAUGAUGCUGACAAAUAUGUAAACAUUAGUCUUCAAAUUAUCAAAGAAACUAAUUCAUUUCUCACAAAACGAGGCUUGCAUUGCCUUAAUGAAGAUAAAGAAGGGUCAGUAAAAUUACAACUUUCAAGUCUGGGAAAUUCUACUAACACAAUCACAGAAAU